AUGUCGGCCGUCCAGACCUUCGGCAAGAAGAAGACUGCUACCGCAGUGGCCCACGUCACCCCCGGCCGCGGCCAGGUCCGCCUUAACGGCUCCCCCAUCUCGCUCGUCGAGCCGCGCGCGGAGAGCAACGGAGAGAUUGGCGUCAAGUUGUCCAUCCGAGCUCAUCAUGUGGAGCGACCUCCUGCUCUCCGUCGCUUGGCUUGUGCGGUCCGCCAGACGUUUCCUGGAUAUCUUCGCAUCUCAGUUGCCGGAAGGAAAGCUGACCAGAACAGUUCCACCCUCCGUUACAAGGUCUACGAGCCCAUCCUUGUCGUCGGUUCUGACAAGUUCGCCAACAUCGACGUCCGUCUCCGCGUCAAGGGUGGUGGCCACGUCUCGCAGCUCUACGCCAUCCGCCAGGCUAUCGCCAAGGGACUCGUCGCUUUCUACGCCAAGAACGAGGACGCCGCUUCCGCUCUUGAGCUGAAGAAGACCUACAUUGCCUACGACCGUACCCUCCUGGUCGCCGACCCCCGUCGCUGCGAGCCCAAGAAGUUCGGUGGUCGUGGUGCCCGUGCUCGUCGCCAGAAGUCUUACCGUUAA